AUGGUUUCCAAGUCUUUUGUCAUUGCGGCGGUCAUCGCCUACGUUGAGGCGCGCUUCGGUCAGGAACAGGUUCCCAUCGCUGCUAUCAGCGCUGUUCAGGGCGGCAAUCCAGGAGCUGCGGCCACUAUUGCUGGCGCGGCUAUCUCUGAUAUUCUCGGUGCAGCAAACUCAUGUGCUAAGCUCACCCGCGCCGACCAAGUCUUUACUGAACUUGGUGGCGGUGCCGAUGCCCUCGCGGCAGCCAUCGGUCUCGUCACUGCUGAAAAGAACACCAACCCCUUCGCCAACAACAACGUGCAGAACGUGUGCGGCGAUCCCGCGCUUCCAGCUACCCCUGAGCUCCGCGGUAUCACGCCUCUUAUCGACCCUGCUGUCGACGUUGAUGGUGCUGUCGCUGCUCUUAGCAAGAGUUCCGCAGCGACCCCUCUCGCCGCUGAUGGUUUGAGUGUCUUCAACUUGCUCGACCAGGCUGGUCUGGGCAAUCUCGUGGCAUCUCAGGAUGCCGCCGGCGGUGCGGCUGCUGGAGGCGCUCUACAGGGAAACCAGGCGGGCAACAGCACCAACAACGGCAACGUCCAGCAGGGCAAGAACAACAAUCAGGAGGGCAAGAACAAGAACAACGGCAAAAACAAGAACAAUGCUAAGAACAAGAAUAACGCAAAGAACAAGAACAACGCCAAAAACAAGAACAACGCAAAGAACAAGAACAAUGGCAAGAAUAAGAACCACGGCAAGAACAAGAAUAACGCCAAGAAUAAGAACAAUGCCAAAAACAAGAACAACGCCAAGAAUAAGAACAAUCAACAGGACGGCAAGAACAAGAACAACCAGCAGGACGGCAAGAACAACAACCAACAGGACGGCAAAAACAAGAACAACCAGCAAGAUGGCAAGAACAAGAAUAACCAGCAAGGCAAGAACAACCAGCAGGGCAAGAACAACCAGCAGGGCAAGAACAACCAACAAGCCGGCAACAGCACGCAGCAAGCCACUGGCCUCGCAGGUGCCGACUUUGGCAAGUGCACCCCGACCAUCACUUUCCAAGGCGGCGAGGGCAACCGCCCGGACACGGAAUUCACCUUCCAGAUUGCCGACCCCGUAGCCCGCGGCGGCCAAGGAGAAGCCCUGAACCCCAACAUCAUCACCAACGCGCUGUGCAACCAGCUUACCAACGUCUGCGACGCCAACGACGCCGCAAAGGCUGCUUGCACGGAUGCCAAGGCACAGGUUGAGGCUGCUGGUACCCGCGACAAGUCUACUGCUGACCUGUUCAACUCUGCGCUUGGCUUCGCCGGUGCGGUUACUAAUCCCGCUGGUGGCCCGGAGAAUCCCCCUGCUGCUGCUGCCGCUGCUGCUGCGAGGGGCAUGAGGAGGGGACGCCGUGCCGUUCUCGUCUGA